AUGUUUUUGUAGGGCAGUGUGUUGUUUUUGUGGUGAGGUUAACUUACCGGUGGUGAUCAUUCAUAGAUUCGGUGUCAAAAACAAGCCUUUUUUUUUGCAGUGAGUGGGCAUUUUUAUCAUAACCGAAGAUGAAGGAAAAUGGAACUGAUAAUUCUGAGCCCCUCCUGAAAAAGAGGCGCAAGGCCUCCCAGUUAAACACUACUCCACCCACCCCUACAAAAGUAGUGGUAGAAGAUGUUUACAAGAGUGUGUGUGAGUGGGAAGAAAAUGAAGCUGCUGCACGAGACCCCGACAAAGAUAGGAAGCUAUUCAGCGAAACUUGUAAUUCUUUUAGAAAUUACAUGGAAGAAAUUGCUGCUCUGAAGAAAAAGGGAACACCUGAGGCAAAGGCUGCCAUCAAUGUAAAAUGCUCUGAAGCUUGUCUUUUAUUUGUGAUGCUAAGAAAGCUAAAUAGGUUAAAUAAAUUACGGCUUAAACAUUCACGUGAGGAAUUACAAAAAGUGAAAGGGCAGGUUGACAGUCAACAUUUGCAGCUUCAGAACCUGCUAUACGAAGUUCUUCAUUUGCAGAAAGAAGUUAACAAGUGUCUUCAAUUCAAGUCACAGGACGAAAAUAUUGACCUUGUCCCCAUUGAAGAAUUUAUGCGUGAUGCUCCUGAAGCAUUGAAAGCUUCUGCUCCCUCCAAAAAGUCUUCAAAAGAGCAUGACGCUCACCAGCUCCAGAAGGCACGCUUGGAGUGGGAACUCACUCAAAGACGAGAACUGGCAGAAAUGUGCAAGCAAAUGCACUCCCAAAAAGAGACAGUAGCCAAGGACAUUGAAAAACAACAGCAGCAUUUGGACAACCUGGCUCCAAUGUUACGAAAUAUUCUUCAGGCAACUAAACCAGUUGAAGAAAGCCUUGGAGAGAAGGUUUUGGAAACAAGAAUGCAGCACCAACUGGCAUACCUCUUGCCAGCCUGCUUGUUCUUUUUGUAUGUGCAAGCUGACGCUCAGCAACAAGCAAGUGACCCUCUCCUGGUUGUUACUAUUGACGGUGAUGAAGAUGAAGCACGUCGUUUAAAAGAUAAAUCAGAUGAAGGAAAUCAAGAAGAAGAAUCAGAUUCUGAUCAGGAGCAAGAGGUUGAAAGUAAUGAGAAGAGUAAACGUCACCAUCGGAAAAGAAAUAGUAAAGUUGAUCGCCAAGAAGAAAGACGGAAACGCUUACUGGCCAAACAUCCUUUGACCGUGAAUCUAACCAUCAAUUUGAAAGAUGGAAGCAACAUGAAAUUGGUGUUUUCAUACUUACUUAAUCUUGGUGUAGUCACUGUUAAGUGCUCCAUUCAAAUGUCUCAGCCAAUCACCGGUUUGUUUGCAAGCCAAUUAAUGACGCCUGAAAACAUUCUGUGCUCUCUAUACCCUGGUGACACAGGCAAAGAAAGUCCAAAUGUGGCGAACGAUUAUCAACUCCAAAAUGUUGGACUAGGCCCAUUUUCUGAUUUUAUAUCUGAUCUUGGUGCUCCCUACAUUUGGGCUCAGAGGGUUUCAGGACUGGACUUCAUCAGUCAAAAUCCAGAGAGUUCAAAAAAGGCUCGUAUAGAGGUAAGUAAAGCAAGUGUUCCAAGUGUCAUCAAAUCUUUGCGCCAAAGAUUCAAAUCUCGUCUUGCUUUGUGUAAGCAAGUACAAAGUUUAGAAACGGGAAUAGUUCCCCCUAUGCCAUCUUUGCACGAUCAGUUCCCCACCAAAAUUAAUUCUCAAAUCAGUGACUUGAAGCAGAUAAGUUGGGAUGAGUACCGCUCUCACAAGAGCACCCAGUGGCUCAUUAACCAACAGCAAGUCAUAGAGCUGGACUCUGUGUAUCGCAUGUCUAUCUCCCACGGACCAGCUAAAGCCCUAGCUUUGAUUGCCAUAAAAAGCAAUUAUCCGGAGUCCCCACCAAUGUUCUCAAUGGAAGUAAAUUGGAAAGGACACCAUUCAGCUGUAGACUGUGAUGCCAUUAGGGAUAUGGAAUGCGAAGUCAAUGUUUACUACAAGGAGCUAAUGGCUGGACCUAAUUGGGUUGAAACUCUACUUGCUGCCCAAGUUACUCGUCUGCUCUAUUGCUUUGAUAUUUAUCUAGAGGCCAGCUCAGUCUCUGAUGAAGACAAGAAAAUAUAUCCCCGUGAAAAGGUUUACUUUCAGGCCUCCAGAGGUCGCGCCCGUGCUUUGCCAUAUAAAUAUUUGGGCUAUGGUGGGGGUGUAUUCACCCAGCGAUAGUUUUUUAUUUUUUUUAUAAUCAGUGAAGUCAACAGAUUUACUUUUGAUACACGUGCAUUACAAGCAAAUUGGAUCACUGCACACCUCUUUCAAAGUUUCAUGCUUUGUUUUUGUCAAAUGCUUAAGAUAAACUCUUAUUUGCCUUAAUUUCUACAAUAAACUCGAAUUUAUGAAUACAGGUCAGUCUUUAGUCAAUACACUGGCCACACCAGCACCAGCCUCCGAUGCACUUUUUUGAGAAAUAAAUUAUUUUCCAGCAAA